AUGAACCCAUUACUAGUAGACACCUAUACAAGUAAGACUGUAAUAAGCGCUCUUCCUGGUCAAUCUCGUCGCUUUGAUUACAACAGUGGUACUCAACUUUUGGAUGGCGUGACCAAAUCAUUCCUAAACAUGGAUGCUUGGGUAGCUCAAGAGCUACAGCGGAUUGUAGCCAACCAGAUACCCAGAAAUUGCUACUCGUACGAAGCAUUAAUUAGCGUAAUUGAAGGCGUCGAUCAAGGAGAGCAUUAUUCGGUGAUCUGUGCUCGCCCGCAGCCUACCGUUACUUCAACAUUACACGAAGCUUCGCAACGUUGCAUGAAUCAGUUUGCAAGCAAAAACAGCGAUAUCAAACCAGUGGCGCCACAAGAAGAGCAGCAAUCCGUGCUACAAAGCAAAGAACACUUCAACAUCAACACGAACAUCUGCCUCACAAACGACACGCUGGCAAAACUAGCGACUAUCAACACGCAUCAUGUAACUCGAAAAAACCUGAUUAUGGCUUUCACGAAGCUGGUGUUUUACUGCUGUAGGCAACGUAAACCCAUUCAUUUCUACUUGCAACGCCAUCGAAAGCCACUGGAACUCAUGAUAGAGCUAGAAAACAUGUGCGAUACAUACAGUUCAUGGCUAUCUCUACAAGACAAAAUCAGCUCGGCUGCUAUGAAAGAUGGUGCCAUUAGGGUACAACAGCGCCUGCACUGCAUCUUGUUUGGUAAGCAAAUAUCCCUGAUUGAUAAACUUGUGUGCCCCUGGACGCUGAUUAGUGUGUGGGCGCAACAUGGAAGCCAACUGAGCCAUUCUCAACAUGAGCAGCUCAAAAAAUGGAUUGAAUUUGGCGUUUUUUGUUACAAAACCGCUAAAAAGCUUGUGAUAUGA